AUGAUCAUAAAUUAUAAUAUGUUCAUAAGAUUUGAAAUAUAUCUCUAUUUGAUUAACUUCAGUAUCAAAGUUUAUAAAGACUAUAAUUAUGGAUUAUCAAAUGGCAAUAUAAACUAAUAGAAGCGACUAAAAAAUUACAGUUUUUAUAUUAAGGAUUAAUCUAUCAGUUAAUACGAAUUCAAAUUUUUAAAUUAAUUGGAUUUUCUAGAGAAGAUGAUUUUAGUAAUUAAAUAGAUCCUAAAGCAGAAUUCUAUGUCAAAAAAUAAUUCCUAAAAAAUGGAAGGAAUUGAUCCAUAUUUUAUACUCAAUAAAAUACCAAGAUACCCCAUCUCUAUCUUCAAUGCAAUUCUAAUAAUUUUAAUUUAAUUAUUUUGA